GGAUUUCCAGACGAGCACUUGCUCUUAAACCUUCGUGUUGUACGGCACUAGUCGCGUCGUAAUGGGUCCGAAGACCAAAUCAUCAUCGCACAAAAGCACAGAGCGACCCACGAAGCGAAGGAAAUUAACCAUAGGUGCAAAGACCUCAGAUGACACGGACCUCCCUACUCCCCAGUCACAGUCCAAUGUACCUUCCUCGUCAGCAUGGUCUAUGCGAACUGUCGCUCCAGAUCACAUACCGCCACUCACGACAUUGUGUCUUUGUGUAUUUGCGGAGAACCUACAAAGACUGGCCCAGCACCCAUCUAUUUUCGAGUCGUUGAGACCGUGGUUGAAGGUGCUGCCUGACGCUCUAGUUCCUAGGCUAUUUGCCACGCUCAGGGCAAUUUGCCCAACUAUUCUGAGCCAUGCAUUUAUUGUUGCUUAUCUGCUGCGCGGUCCAUCAAUCACUCUGACAAGUGAUCUUCCGGGCGUAAACAAGUUCACUGUGUCAGCCAUAGGAGACUCAUCAAGAGAACAGAUUUGUGAACUCGUCCUGAGCAAUCUAGAGAAAAUCACAGACGAGACAGUAGCGUCGGUGGUCGCUAAGUUGCCUGCUCUUCACGUUCUGGAUCUACGUGGAUGCACUAAAGUUGGUCCAAAGACCACCGCAGCCGUUGCCACUGGUUGUCCUCAUUUGAACAAGCUGAAUUUGAACUACACUUCCGUCACGCCCGUAUCCCUCGCUCCUAUACUAAAAGGCUGUGGCGAGCUUGAAGUGCUGAAAGUUGGAGGUAUUCCUAACUGGACUGAUGCAACAGUCUCCAAACUGUGGACUGCACUCGAUCUGGAUGAGACUUCAGAAUUCGUACUACCGAAUAUAAAGUCUUUGAACAUCCGACAAAUGCCGCUCUCCGACCCUGUAGUGAAUCAGCUGCUAGCUGUUUGCCCUAACGUCGAACGGCUGGACGUCUCAUUUACUUAUGUCCGGCAUCCUCCCUUGCUUCUCAACAACAAAUCUUUGCAGAAGUUGUCUAUCACUUCUACGAGAAUAUCUCCAGCCCAUUUGUUGACUAUCACGUCUGAUUUGCCCAACCUGAAGAGUCUCUCCGUUGGCGCAUUAGGUGGAGGUCAAGGAUCCAGUGCGGCAAUUUCGAACACUUCGGCUAUGACAUUAACGGAUCAGACUCUCCGAGAUCUAACGGAUAGGCUGGAGGAAUGUCACCAGCUUGAACAUGUCAGUCUAGUUGGAAAUACAAAGCUGGGCUCGCUAGGUCGGAAAGAUAGUGCCAUCGCUGAUUUUAUACGACGAGUUGGCAGAAGAUGUACAAGAUUAAACAUGGCAGGAAUACCUUCCUUGCGUUCUAGUGAUCUGGAAGGGCUUCCACCGGACCUAGCUGGGGAGGACUCGCCUCGACUCAAGACACUCAUUCUGAACAAUACGAGUAUUGAUGACACCGCUGCGCCUUACCUCUCAAGUUGCACAUGCCUUGAGACACUGGAGCUGGCCGGCACAAAGGUUACUAGCACUGGUUUAUUUGUAAUCAUCGACGCAUGUCCUCGCUUGUCGCAGCUUAACUUAACGAGCUGUCGAGGUAUCGGCGUGGUGGAUCGGCGACGUUUCUUCGAGGUAUGGGAGAAAGAAUGGAAGAACCGUUAAUCUUCCUAUGCCUAAAGAUGUUAUAUUGAUACACGACCUCUCUCAUUGUGCGCCACCUUUUUGGAUUACUCUUUAUAUCUCUGACCGAUUCCUUUAUGAAGGGAUGCACUGGGAGUAAUCUACGGCCUCAUAUCAGUGAAAGUACUCUGAUAUCGUUGAGAGUGACUUACAGGCAUUUUGAAUUGUGCAUUUCGCACCUGCUGCACAAACCGUUGGACCAGUGUAUCCGAUUCCGCCGCAUUGUCCCCAAACAGUCUGGGUACCAGAAGGGGCGGGUGCUGAACUAAUGACUGUGGUGGUAUGGGACGAGCUGGGCGCGGAAGUAAUGGUAGUAGGCGAUGAGCUUGAAGGGGCUGGAGCUGACGUUGUACUUGGAGGUGCGGUGGCUGAUGUCGAACUUGGGACUGUGGACGUCGGGGCAGGAGCGGUACCUGAUGCGUCACCGUAGAAAAUUCCACGCCCGUUCGUACCAAUGUAUACACUAAAGCCACGAAGUCAGAACAUAUGUAUGGUUGUGACGGGAAGGCUGUUCACCGUCCG